UCUCUGUCUCUCUCUCUCUCUCCGUCCCUCCUUCCCAAUCAGCUUUAUUCAGUCUGUGGAUGUGUCUGCUUCGCUCCCACACUAUUAAAAGCAGCUCAGUCAUGUCAGCGUGUGGAAAAUCGUGGGAACGCUCUCGCCGGGUCUUCAUUUCUCUGGAUUAGGAUACACCGGGUGUGCGCUCGUUUUCUGGGCUUUUUGCGGCUCCGCUUGGGGUGUGUACGGAGCGCGGCGGACUGGCUGCCAAGAGUUUCAUUAGGGUUUGACCCUCCAUCUACGGGAGGGUUGGUUUUUCUUGUCCCAACCCAGGACAAAGGACGUGGGGAAAAUUAAGGACUAAAGGGAGACGGCAGAGUAGGAGAGUGGUGAACAUGGAACCCGGUUUCCUUGCACUCGCCUUUGGUCUUUUAUUCAUCGGUGGAUGCUCGGCCCGUGUGGUGACGGUCUCUCCUGGUCCAUUAAUCAGGGUGGAAGGUCAGCCGGUCUCCAUCAGGUGUGACGUCAAUGACUAUGGAGGACCUAGUGAGCAGGAUUUCGACUGGGAGAUGUCCAGGGAUGGAAACGAGCCAAGGAGUCGAAUCAUCUCCACCUUCGAAUCCAGUUUCUCGGACCCUUCGUUCAGCAGGCGUGUCGCGUCCGGUGACAUCUCAGUGGUGCGUCUCCAGGACAACGAGGCGGAGCUAAAGAUCGGCGAGGUGAAGCUGACAGACUCCGGUUUCUACCUCUGCCGAACGCCGAGUACCGACCCGACCACCAGCGGCAACUACGACGCUCAGGUCCAGCUCAGGGUUAUCCCCAACACCCUCAAGGUGACCCCCCAGACUCCUCCCCCGGUCGUCCAAGAGGGACACGACCUCACGCUUUCCUGCAGCGCCACGCGAGAACUGACCUUCCCUUCGCUGACCUACCUGUCCAUCGCCUGGUUGGUGAAAACCAGCGGCGGCUCUGAGGAAAUCCUCACGUUUGGCCCCCAGGGCGACGUCGUCACGGGUCCGAGGUUCACCCGCCGCUACCUUGACGGGGACCUCCGGCUGGUUCCAGGCAGGAACGGCGCGUUUGAGCUGGUGAUUUCCAGGGUCACCGCGUCCGACGAAGGGACGUACGCGUGCACGGGGGCCGAAUGGACGAGUGAAAGCGGAGGGAAGUGGACGAAGAUUGUGGAAAGCUCCAAAGAGAUGGGGGCCGUUUCAGUCACACCUACAAAUCGUUCCCUCAAUGUGAAAGCAUCAUCUUCACCUUCCUCGCAAUCCUCCACUUCACUGCUUCUGUCUCCUGGCAACACGCUGACCCUCCUCUGCCACGUCUCUGCCGACAACCUGGACGUCCUCUCCUUGGAGGUGACCUGGCUGGCCGACGAUGGCGAAAUCAUCACCGUGAACCGCAGCGGCGUGGUGAACGCCAACUCGGUCUCGAAACGAGGCGAGGCGAGCCUGGAGAAGACCGGAGACAGCGACUACAGGUUGGCGGUCAGGGGCGUGAGCAGCAGGGACGGCGGGGUCUAUACCUGCCGGGUUCAAGCCUUUAUCGAGGAAGGACGUGUCACAGGAGGAGGAGCAGGGCGGUGGCACAUGGUGGCAGAGAAGACCUCCAACCCCGUGACUGUGAAGGUCUCCGAAAUCAAGCCGAACUUCACACUGACCCUGGAAGCCGCCACGAAGCCCCAGAAGACGGGCGAACCCAUAGAGCUCUCCUGUGACGUGACCAACAUCUCCCAGCUGCCACCAGGGGGCAGACUGGGUGUCAGCUGGGAGUACAUCAGCCUUCCUGAUAAGGUGACAAAUGCGUCGCCUCCGAAGCUCAUUGGCUCCUUGGACGCCAACGGCAACCUGGAGUCGAAUUCGGCGUACAAAGACAGGCUGGACAGCGGAGUGUUGGUUCUGAGCAGAGUCCAACCCAACACGUUCAAACUGCGGUUUCUCCGCACACAGAAGAUCGACAUGGGCCAGUAUGUGUGCACCGUCUCUGCCUGGAGCGUUAGCAGCCAGGGGAAAAUGGUGAAUGCCGCAGAGUACAAAAGCUCGCCGCUGACCGUCCUGUGGGACACCAAGAGCCCCACUGUCAAAGUCGCAGCCAAAACCAUUCGUAGCGUCUCAGUGGGCGGAGCUACCUUUGAGAUGACAUGCUCCGCCAUCACCGAGAACAUCGGCGACUGGAUCGGCUUUGCCGUGCAGAUCCAAUCACAGAGCGGCACAGAAGCCAUCAAACCAAUCAUGUCCCUUAGCCCCGACAACGUGGUGCAGGUCACUGACCCAUCUAGGAGGGACAGUCUGGUUCUUGCCAAAACCGGCGCGAUGGAGUUCAACUUCCGCCUGGAGGGCGUCCAGCCGUCAGACAAAGGGAACUACUGGUGCGACGUCACGGCUUUCACCAAACAGCAGCCAGAUCAGUCCUGGACCACUGCCGCCACGGGGAAUUCCAACAGAAUCACCAUCAACUUUCAAGAAAACGGGCCGUCAUUCUCCGUCGAAACCCGCUACGACACCAGCAGCGUUUAUCCGUGGGAAACGGCCAAGAUGGAGUGCUCUGUCCGCGUCUCCGGAUCCUCGCCAAAAAGCGGCGGCACAAACUCUCAGACAGAGGAGCUGGCGUACGAGGUGAGGUGGUUUUUCACCCGGCUGCGCGGCGAACAGAGCACGAGUCCGGUGGUCAGCGUGGACCGCUUUGGCGUCGUGACCAAGUCCAACCGCAACUCGUCCAGCGACGUCUCCAUAGAGCGCAAGGACGCCAACACCUACGUGCUCUACAUUUUCGGCACUCAGGACAGUGACAGCGGUGAGUACCACUGCAUGGUCACUCCGUGGUACAAGUCGACCUCAUCAGGACUUUGGACUCAGGAUAAAGACUAUACCUCUGGCAAAGUCUUCCUCUCCGUCAAAAUUGCAGUAUGGGACUCCUUAAAGCUACCUCUGCUAUAUGGUGCAUCAGCCUCUCUGGGUGUGGGCGUCUUCUCUCUGCUCCUGGGUCUGAUUUGCGCCCGGUGCUGCUGCCGCAACACGGCGCACACUCCCCGCUCGCGCACCAAGCUGAUGGACCUCGAGAUGGACUGACAAACAGUUUCCCCUGCGCCCGCACACUGCAGCGCCCACAAGAAGCACCACGCGCAAAAUAGACAGACUCCCGUCGACGACUUCUGGGACACUCACCUGUUUGCCGCCGACGGGCGCUGGGAGUGAGUCGGCAUCGCUUAGGGAGCCCGACCAACCGAUUCACAGUGCUUAUUUUUUUUAAAUAAAAUUAAAUCUAAUAAAGGUGCUUUUGGGAGGAGGAAACUUCUCAGCUCUGCAGUGGAGGCGCAGGGGAUUUUCACGCUCGCUCGAUGGAGAAAUAGCCUUUCAGACUUCUGCUUCGUUUUUGAAUACGUUUUGGUUUUCCAAUAGGAUUUCUAUCUGUUUUGAGAAACUUUUGAGGAAGCCGGAGCUUCUGAGAUGUCACUGCCCACUGGGACUAUAGAGGACCUCUACACAGAUCUGCUGCUUCUCUAACCACUAGGAAUAACAAAAAAAAAAGAAG